GCCCGGGUCGCCCUCGCCCGCGGCGUCGGCCACGCUGCCGAGCAGCGGUGGCGCGACGCCCACGCUGCAGGCGCCCUCGGCGGCGGCGUCGGCCACGCUGCAGGCGCCCAGCGGCGGCGGGACGCCUACGCUGCAGGCGCCGCCGACGCUGUCAGCCGGCGACGCUGCUGGCACCGCGCAGGUUGUCGGCGGUGCGGUGCUGGUUGACGUCAUCGUCUCCCAGCUCCAGGAUCCCGUGUCCGCCGAAGCCGAGUUCAGCGCCAACAUGGACAUGAUCAAGUCGAGCCUGCUGCUGAGCACGAUCGCCGACGCGGAGAUCAUGGCGCACGAGAGCGGGGACGCCAUGCGCGUCGAGGACGUCGUGGUCAGCCAGGCCAGCAACGACCUGGCCUCCGCGGUGGGCGACCCGCACCUCAGGAGCGUCACCGGGAAGAAGUUCGACGUCAACAUGCCCGGCAGCUAUGUGCUGCUCCGGGCCCCCCAGGACCGGCGGCUGCCCGCCCGGCUGGAGCUGAACGCCACGCUGCGGCCCUCGGCGGGGAGCCCCUGCGGCCUCUACAUCAAGAGCCUCGAGCUCGGGGGCGAGUGGCUGGGCGGUCAGGAAGUGAGCAUCGUGCCGCUCCAGCGCGACGCCGAGGGCCAGAACGGCGCGGGCAACAGCACGCUCCACCCGUUCUCCGUGCGGGUCCGGGCCCAUCCGGGCGCCCCAGACGCGGCGCAGGGCGAGUACGAGCAGUGGGCCGACUUCCGCAAGGAGCAACCACAAUCUGUCUGGGCGCGUCCGCAUCGUGCCCGUGUGGAGGCAGCUUUACGCCGACGCCGGCAGGGCGCAGGAGGCGCAGGCGUUCCAGUUCCACAUCCGGGGCGCCGGCUCUGGGUACGAGACCACGUUCGAGGCGGCCCAGGCGGCCCACCAGGCGCUCGACUUCCGGGCGGGCGGACUGCGGAGCCUCGGCUUCGAACAGCUCGGCGGCUUGCUCGGCACGGAAGAGCACGACCAGCGAGUGGAACGG